AUGCAACCUGCCUCGGAAAUACUCCCCAGAGAUGCUGGUGAUGCUGAGCAGUGCUUGGAGAGUGGGCACUCUUCCAUAUCUGUGAGCCAGAGUGAGCAGAGUCUGGAAUUUGAGCCCCAUUGCAGUUCUGUAGAGCAACCUGCCUCGGAAAUACUCCCCAGAGAUGCUGGUGAUGCUGAGCAGUGCUUGGGGAGAGGGCACUCUUCCAUAUCUGUGAGCCAGAGUGAGCAGAGUCUGGAAUUUGGGCCCAAGUGUAGUUCUGUAGAGCAACCUGCCUCGGAAAUACUCUCCAAAGAUGCUGGUGAUGCUGAGCAGUGUCCUAAACACCGUUUGGUGUGUGGCGAUAUGUCUGCUUUUGACAAAUGCAUUCACUGCCUGGGACCUUUCGCCUCUUUGAGAUGGAUGGGGUUCAAAUGCAAAGAUUGUCCAGGACUCUGGCAUCUAACCUGCUACAGACGGAUGAUGGGUCAAGACUCAUCAGACCUCAUUGAUUCUAUGAGCUCUGGAAGCGAGCCAGACAACAAGGAUUCUGAGGAACGGACCGGGAGAACAAGAGUGCUGGCUUUGGCUACAGCCCAGGAGGCCGUUUUCAGCCAACACUUUUCAAGUGGAAUGUGGAAGAUUCUGAGCUCCAUAAAGGUGGAUGAAAUUGGCCUGACUUUGAGAAAUGACCUCUCCAUUGUGCACUUUGCCCAGUCACUUUACAACAGACACGGACAAGACCCCACAAAACAUGAGUACAUGCGACAGAAGCUCCGUGAAGUGGGAAGGCUGCUAGUCUGUCUGCGCCACGACUUCUCAAUACACAGCCUGGAGGAAGCUAUCAAGCCAUGUAACUUUCAGAAUGUUGUUCAGGCAGUUCAGAAAGUUGCUGGCUUUGAUGAAGAAAACCUGUCCUAUCGUACACCAAGCCUGGCUCUGAAGCUGGGGCACACACUAAACAAGAUCUGCAACAUCAUUCAGUGUCGAGCUCUGAUGGCAGAGGAUGACAGGCUGGUUAAGUCAGCUGAAACAUUCAGUAAACUGUACACCUCCAAGUGGUGUGAGCUGGUGUCCCAUAGUGCUCUGAAUACGCUGAGUACGCUGAAGUAUAAUAAACCAUCAACACUGCCCUUCACAGAGGACGUUCGGACACUACACCAGUACCUGCAGAAGUCUGCAGACGCUGCUGUUGGCAGCUUGACGGAGGAAGCUACAUCCAAGACCUAUGCUGAGCUUAGUAAACUGGAGCAGCAGCUGUGCAGCUACUUCACUAGAGUGGAAAUUGUUGGGAAGAGGGGGAGGAAGGUGGUUGUUCUUCUUACACCGUGUAUGGUGGAUGCCCUACCUCAAGCGCUGAGCCACUACAGAGGACAGGACUGCCUGCGGGUUUAUGCAAGCCAGUGUGGAGCAAAGCACCCAGAGCUCCUCAGGUCCACCCAGCUGAGGAAGCAUGUUGCAACACUCUCUCAGAUCCUGAAUCUGAAAAACAAUGAACUUGACCAGGUUGCAGAUUUCCUUGGACACGACAUCCGUGUCCAUCGGGACUUCUAUAGGUUUCCAGUCCCAACCAUGCAGUUGGCAAAGAUUUCCAAAUUGCUAUUAUCCAUGGAAAAAGGAAAUCUUUCUGGCCUGCAAGGGAAGUCCCUGGAUGAAAUUCAGAUUGAAGAUGAGAUAUCAUUCAGUGACACUGAAGCUAAGGACAGUGGCAGUGACUCUGAGGACAGCAGCACAGAGGCUAAGGAACCACAACUUGAGGACAUGGAAAGUCUGGGUCAAUCCUCAGGCUGUCCCAUCGUGGAGCUGUCACAGAACUCUGAGGACUUCAAAAUACUAUCUGAAGUGACAUCCACAGCAGGAGGCACUACACCUCAGUCUGAAGGAAAAAAUGCAGUUCAAGAGUCUAAAGCAAGAAGACUCCCAAAAAGAAUGUGGUCAAAAGCUGAGGUUGCUGCAGUGAUACGACAUUUUGGAAAUCACAUUUCCAAAGGAAAACUUGCCUCCAAAGCUGAAUGCAGCCAAUGCAAAAUGGCAGAAGACCCUGUGUUGUCACAAAGAACAGAACAGAAUAUAAGAGACUUUGUGAGAAACCGAAUAACCACAACCCAGAGGGGAGCCAGAAAACUCUAA